CCGCAGCCCGGUUUUCACCAAGUGGAGCAGGAGCAGCAUUCAGCAUUAACAGUGUUACUUACUGUACAAAGAGUGACCUUUGUGAGCCUCCUAUCUGUGUCUAUUCAUUCAUUUAGCAACGAUGAACGUGUUCAGACUCGUAGGGGACCUCUCUCAUUUGGCUGCUAUCAUCAUCCUGCUGCUCAAAAUAUGGAAAAGCAGGUCGUGUGCAGGUAUCUCUGGAAAGAGCCAAAUCCUGUUUGCCAUCGUGUUUACCACACGCUACUUGGAUCUGCUCACCUCCUUUAUCUCCCUCUACAACACAAGCAUGAAGGUGAUCUACAUCGGUUGUGCAUAUGCCACAGUCUACCUGAUCUACGCAAAGUUCAGGGCCACUUAUGAUGGCAACCAUGACAGUUUCAGAGUGGAGUUCCUGGUUGUUCCUGUCGGGGGUCUUGCUGUUCUCAUCAACCAUGACUUUUCCCUCCUAGAGAUCCUGUGGACAUUCUCCAUCUACCUGGAGUCGGUGGCAAUCCUUCCUCAGCUCUUCAUGAUCAGCAAGACUGGAGAGGCAGAGACGAUCACCACCCACUACCUGUUCUGCCUGGGCCUGUACCGGGCGCUCUAUCUCUUCAAUUGGAUCUGGCGUUUCUACUUUGAGGGCUUCUUUGACAUGAUCGCCAUUGUGGCUGGUGUGGUCCAGACUGUCCUCUACUGUGAUUUCUUCUAUCUUUAUGUCACCAAAGUGUUGAAAGGAAAGAAGCUGAGCCUGCCAGCGUAAAAAGUACUGAAGGAGACGGCGACUCCCAGCAGACUCAGGGGGUGUGGAGAUGACAUCAUGGAAUCUCGUGACCUUAUUAGAAAAGGAUGCCUGAGACAGAGAGCCAACUAACGGGGGAAAAACACUAGUCUUCUUCUUGAUUAUUGCUGAUGGAACUGGUAAAUGCCAACAAACACCAGAGCUGAACAAAGAUCAUCGCGGGUCAACCUUUGGAUUUCUGUGUUCAGCAUCUUGCCUUAAACUUCUUUUCAUUGCUGUUCAAAUAGGAGAAAAGGCUUUUUUUCUACAUGUGAGGUGUAUACGCUUAUUUUUUUUAUUUCUUUUAUUUGAUUUUUUUCAUUUUACUAUGUCACAAAUAGGGUUGACUCUGAGAAGAACCUUGUUUGACUUGGUAAUGAAAUGCACAAAUGUACAGUCUUACUAAAGAGUGACGUCAAGAGAAAUGUAUCUGAGUGCCUGAUGAGGAUUAUGUCCAGUCUCUCACAGUACAGUAUUUUUUUUUUUUUUUUUUACUUUUUACUUUUUGGAUUUGAUUUUGUCUAGAUAAUUGUUUGCAUAUACUGUAAUACAUGUAUCCUACCUUGGAAACAUUUAAAAGGCCAACAUAUAUCAAUUUUGUAAAGAUAUUGCUAUAUAAAACUGCUCAAGACCACAUUUUAAACAUUCUCUCUUCUAAAACUAAGAUCAUUUUUGUUGCCUGAACUCAAAAAAACAGAAGAAAGGUUUAUAAUUUAAUCUUGAAUUAGUAAGUAACCCAUAAAAAACAAUCAUCUUGUCACAGCUGUCAGUAUUUUCAAAUGGUAGGUAUCUCAUUUGGAAUUAAACUUUUCAUGUGUUUACUGACCUUUUUUCCCUGUCAGCAUACUGUUUUGAUGAAACUAAAAUGCAUAAAUGGUUCUGCAGCUUCAAUAUAAAUUUCACACAAUUGUAAAAUAAUGCUACAUCACAUUGUGGAUGUAGAUAGAGCACAGUUUUGUUUUGGUUUUUUUGCUAUUGCACCCUUGUAACAAAUGCAUGAACACCUUUCAAUUUCUUCAGUUAACCCAUGGUUGAAAUCAUUGACGUCAGAGUGAGGCAAUAAUGAAUGACUGAACAAUGGCGACAUUUUACUGCACCGGGAUGAAAAGUGUGCAGAUAUCUGGCAUGAGACUCCUCCCGCACUUUGACCGGUUGUGACUUCAAGUGUUAACUGUAUAUCAGGGUUGUGAAAAUUAAACAGAUUUGACAUUGUGCAGUUAAGUUGCUCAACAAUUGAGGGGUUAUCAUGAUCAUGUUCAGUGGGUGCAUUCUGUUCAAUUUAAAGACCUGUUUAACUUUUUCAAAUUAGUCAUUCCUAAACAAUUAUUUUAACUUUUUUUUGUCUCAUUCUUGCAUGAUAUCACCUCCAUUAAAGAUUUUAUGAGAAUCACC